UGCGAUAAUAAGAUGCCGCAAAGAAGGAGAAAGAGGCAAACAUCCCGCCGGGCGGCGAGAUCUCCCACACCUUCGGGCCUGAGACCUCCGCGUCUCUCAUCGCUUCUGUUUCCCCUCAUGGUGCUGUGCUGUCUGUUGCCUCUAGCAGCGCUGGCAUCGCAAGGAGACCGAUCUUUCGAAUACAAGCGCUGCGUUGCUUCGUGUACAGCAGACGUCUGCGGGCAUCAAGCAGCAGAUAUGAUGGCUCCUGAUGGCGACGGCAUGGUUGCGCCUCUGAGGCUACCAUGGGUUCUGCGUAUGACGUUCUGGACAUGCAAGGAUGACUGCUCCUACCACUGUACCCACCGCGUCACAAACGACGCUUUCGCCACGGUCAAGGCGAUCAAGAAGGAGGCUAAAGCAGCAAUCUGGGCAGAGGUGGAGCAGGCGACCAAGGCGGGUGGAGCUGGAGCUAGUAGGAACGAUGUCAAUGAGCGUAUCAGGGCAAAGGUGGACAGUCGCCUCGCUCGCCUAAAGCCAGUGCAAAAGCAAAUGGUCCAGUACCACGGCAAGUGGGUCUUUAUCCGUUUCCUAGGGGCUCAAGAACCACUGAGCGUACUCUUCAGCUUGGCCAAUCUAGCUGUGCAUCUCAAAUACAUCCCGAUCUUGAGGGUAAAGCUGCCGGACGUCUUCCCGCUCAAGAUCGUCUAUUUGGCACACGCUUUCAUCAGCGCCAAUGCUUGGGUUUGGUCCUCUGUCUUUCACGCAAGGGACAAGCCAUUCACAGAGAAGCUGGACUACUUCUCAGCAGGCGCAGCUAUACUGUCUGGCUUCUUCUUCACGAUAUCAAGGCUCUACAGGCUCAGCCCUGGCAACCCGCGAUUCUCGAUCUUCCUCAAGAUCUGCUCAGGCGCCUUGCUCCUGCACAUCCUCUACCUCUGCAUUAUCCCGAGGUUCGACUACUCAUACAACAUGGCAGUCAAUGUAACCCUCGCAUUGGGCCACAACGUCUUAUGGCUCGCCUAUUCGUUCUUUCCAGGCAUGUUCCCAGACGGAUCGUCAGACCCUUACAGAGCAACCAGGACUGCCCUGCGGACUACAAAGCAGAAUGCCUCAGGGCUGAGCACCCCUACGAAGGGCUCGCCCCCUGCGCCUGUUUUAGCAAGAUUCAACCUACCGUCCACAUCCAAGAAGGCCAGAAGGCGCUUGCGUCUCAUUGUUCUGCUUCUCACGCUCGCAGCCGGCUUAGAGCUUCUAGACUUCCCGCCUCUGGGCAGAGCUCUUGAUGCCCAUGCUCUGUGGCAUCUGAGUACCGUACCAAUUUCCCUGAUGUGGUACGAGUGGAUGGUCAGAGAUGCGCAGGAAUGUGUCUCUUCCGGCUACUGGAUCGGCGAUCCCCUCGAGUCUUCUGGCAGAGGCGUGAGCCGGCCCGUCCUGGGAGCACUUGGGAAAGCGACGGAGUGGGCAAAGACUCGAGCUGGGCCCAUCGGAGCUCACCUGGAGAGAAAUACUGGCAGUCUAGAGCUGGCUGCUCUCACUGAGCGCCUGUCGGGACUGGCAGGCAAAGCUGGUCUC